UUAAUUGGCCCCUAUUUAGUGGGUUGGUUAGUUGGGUGGUACAAGGCAGAGCCCACCACCACUGUGCAGCUCAGCAGCACCAUGACUACUAACCUUUUUAAGAACAAAACCUGAAAAGCCAACUCUGAAAGCAUACACAACUUCCACCAUUCCUGAAAUCAAAAAAACCUUCUUGACUUCUUUCAAUCUCUCAUCAAAUGGAGUCCACUCCGGAGUUUUACCAGAACGUCGUCGUAAUGAGGCACGGCGACCGCAUCGACAACUUCGACCAUUCCUGGGCUUCGUCUCCCCCUUCCUCCGCUGCAUUCAAACCGCCGCCGAAGUUGUCUCUGCCCUCUCCGCCGUCUCCGACUCCCCUGACGCCCUCACUGGCGACGCCCUUCCCAUCGAUCCUUCCAAAAUCAAGGUUUCUGUUGAAUAUGGAUUGUGUGAAAUGAUGAGCAGAGAGGCUAUCAGGCUUGAUGUUGCUCCAAAAGAUGGAAAUUGGGGUUUUGAUAUAUCCGAGCGCCAAGCCAUGCUUCCACCUGGCACAGUUGAUGAAAAUGCAGUAAAAAUCUAUAAAGAGUUGCCCCGGUGGGAAGAGCCUGUUUUGCAAACUAAGGCAAGAUAUCAGCACAUCGUCAAAGACCUCGCGGAUAAACAUCCUACCGAAAACUUGCUGCUUGUCACACAUGGGGAAGGAGUUGGGGUUGCUCUUUCUUCAUUCAAGAAGGGUACAACAGUUUAUGAAGUUGAUUACUGUGGAUAUGUGGAACUUCGACGCCCUAUUUUCAAGAAAGACCAAUCAUUUGUUGCUGGGGAGUUUGAAGUAACUGGCCAAACAGCUGUAAACUUCAUCUCCUCCGAAAUCCUUUGAGCAAUCACAAUCACUAUCACUAUCUCUUGGACUCCAUUUCAUGACUCCACUGUUGUGUUGUCAAAUGCGAAUUAUUAAUUCGAAUUUAGUAGCAGAAUUAAAGCACCAUUAGAUUAUGCUUCCCACAAUGUCGUUUGCCUUGAUUGACUACUAGUAAACAUUGGAGAAAAAGAAAUUAGGUGGAAAAGCGAUAGAAAAAAGUGGACUCCAUUCUUCCAUUUAUUCAAAAUAAGUUGAAAUUUUACAUUAAUCUAAAUCAAGCUAUGGACAAUAUUAUGUUUGAUAGAAUUGAAUUUAAUGGUGAUGUAUUAUCGCUUCAUAGAA